CAGCCGUAAGGUUUGACUGGUAUACAGUACACAACCAGAAUGGACAAGAAGCAUCCAGUCUUACUUGCGCUCAGCUGUUCAGGCAUGUUGAACAACUAGGCUGCCUUCUUCAGGACAAAGCCAAAGCAACUGUGGGCCCCAUUGUCGCCCUACUAUAUCCACCAAGUACCGAAAUGAACCGUGCCUUUUAUGGCGUUGUUCCCAUACCCAUGGAUUUGCCGCGUCUGGAUCAGUCGGGGUUCGACAACACCUCAUCCACUCCCAGUAGUUCGGGUUUGGUUGCACACCUGUCCGGAACUGUAGGUUCAGGGUCCUCUACAGGACUCAGGUCAAGCAGGAAGCAGGCCACCAAAGAAACAGCCAGAAGUAGAGUGUGGCCUGUUAUUGGAGCAAGAUCUCAUUCACCAGCCUUUUGUCAAUCCCGCGAGCACCAGGAAUGGGUGAACAGGGGCGAUAUUAAUGCGGUACAAAUCUGCAUGCAUGAAUGUGCAUGGGAGCCAUGUUUGGCCGUGCACGCGACUUCCCCUUCUGCUGAGACGGUUAAACCAGCGUUGGCUAAGUGCCAACCACCGAAGGAUAUCGUCCUUCUUUUAUUGCUCCUGACCCUCUCUCAUGCGACGGACGACGAUGGCCUCGGAAAUGGCCUUGUAUAUCUAGUAAAAAAUCCCUUCCAUAUUCAUGCACAGGCGGUUAAAU